AUGAUGGUUAGUGACUUGUUGUUGAGCAUUAUCUUCCUUAUUCAGAUGGGAGUUGGGAUUCUUGGAAAUUUCUUUCUCCUUACACUAUACAGUUUCACUUUACUCAUUGGUCACAGGCUGAGGCCCAUAGAGUGCAUUUUUGCCCACUUAGCCUUGGCCAACUCAAAAGUGCUUCUCUCCAAGGGAAUCCCUCAGACAAUUGUCUGUUUAGGCAUUAAAAAUUUCUUUGAUCAUGUUGGGUGUAAACUUAUCCUUUAUCUUCAUAGUGUGGCCCGGAGUGUUUCCCUCAGCAUUACCUGUCUCUUGAGUGGUUUUCAGGUCAUCACCAUCAGUCCCAGUAACUUCAGGUGGGCAGAACUCAAAAGCCAAACUCCAAAGUGCGUUGCCCCCACCUGCUUCCUCUGCUGGUCUUUCUACCUGCUGUUAAAUUUCACUUUGCUUGGAACUAUGCAUAACUCAAGGUAUAAAACUAAUAAUACAAAGAUGUGGAAUCUGGGAUAUUGUUCAGUUUUAGCUCCUGUAUCUUUUAAUGCCACACUCUUUGCAAUUAUCUAUUCUAUUCCUGAUGUUAUGUGUGUGGGAUUCAUGCUCUGGGCCAGUGUCUACUUAGUGUGUCUGUUGCACAAACACCAUCAACAAGUCAAACAUAUUCACAGUUCUCACCUCUCUCCCAGAACUUUCCCUGAAAAAAGAGCCACCCAUGCUGUCUUCCUAUUAGUGAGUACAUAUGUCUUCUUUUUUUCCAUUAAUUCUAGCUUGUCGUUUUACCUCUUUAAAAUUGACAAAUACCAGCCUUGGCUCCUGGCCACUUCAGACCUCCUAGCAGCAUGUUUCCCAACCAUCAGCCCUUUUGUGCUGAUCUUCUGUGACUCCCAAGUCCUCAAAUGUUGGCAUGCCCUAUGGCGUAGGAGACAUUCUUGUCUCCUAUGCCACACUGUCCUUAACCAUACCCCUUGCCAUCAUCCUGCCCUAAAACUAUGA